AUGCACUUGUGGAUAUUCUUCGUAUUUUUUAUAAUUGCGAAAGAUAUAUCGCAAGCAAACUGCCAUCAUUCUGAUUCUGACCAAGACUCAAAUGACAACAAUGGCAACGACUCGUCUGGUGACCAAGGAAAUCAUGAAAACUCUGGGUCGGGUGAGAGUGACACUAAUCCUAUAAGUAAUUCGCAAUGUGGUUCCUGCAAUGGUCCAAGUUGUUAUACAUUUAGCGAAAGUGAUUUCGAGAGAAAACCAAUUCGUUCCAAACCUACCGAAGUACUCUUACCCUUACAAAAUAUACCUAGAUCUUCGUCUUCAAAUAGCUAUGAGGAGGUGUAUGAUAUUGUGACAUAUACUCGAAAUCCAAAACUCGAACAUGCUAUUAGAUGUGAACUAAACGACGAAGGAGGACUUGAUAAUGAAAAGAGUAUAGCUAAAAAAUCUAAGAAAAAAGUUGAAGCUUCAUACCGCCUGAGGUGUGCAAGUCCUGAAGUGAACACGUGUGAGGCUGACAAUAUACAGUAUGGGGAGACGAGUUUAAGAUCUGUAAAUUCUAAAGUAAAAUAUGUAAAAUUGACUUUGACCAAGAAAAAUCUCAACAGAAAUAUGGAAAUAUUUGACAUUUUUGUACUAUCUCCUAUUAGAAAGUCGCAGAUUCCUAUCAAAUGUACAAUAUUUGAAGAGCCAGCGGUGCUGGAAAAAUAUAAAGAGAGUGAAGGUACCAGAAAUCGAAAAAUCCCUAUACAAGUGUACCGCGUUCGCUGCGCUUCCCGGCGC